GUCUCUCUGCUGACGUGAUCUUCAGGGCUGUGUGCUGCUUUUUUAGGAACUCUUUUGGCUUUUCCGGUGUGUGGCUUAGGAAACAGCAUGACUUCGGUGCCUGGCACAUUCAGGAUCGUCUCUGAGGAGGAACAGGCCUUGCGUUUGAAACUUGAGCGGUUGACCACCAAGGACCACGGCCCAGUCUUCGGGAAAUGUGAGAAUAUCCCUGCCCACACUUUGCAAAAGGCCAAAGAUGAACUGAAUGAGACACCAGAGAAGCGGGAAUCAGCUGUGAAAGAGCUGCAGGACCUGGUCCAGGGGAGAGCUGAUGGAGGAGAAGACAUCUGCAAAGCAGUGGCUGAGAAAGCAAAUGGAAAAGAUGGCACCUUCUUCCUCCGCUUCAUCCGUGCCCGCAAGUUUGAUAUCAACAGAGCUUAUGAUCUGCUUAAAGGCUACGUCAACUUCCGUCAGCAGUAUCCAGAGCUUUUUGAGAACCUGACGCCGGAGGCUGUGCGUAGUACCAUCGAGGCUGGCUACCCAGGCAUUUUGUCCAACAGGGAUAAGUAUGGGCGGGUGGUGCUGCUGUUCAAUAUUGAGAACUGGGACUACGAAGAGAUCACCUUCGAUGAGAUUCUCCGUGCCUAUUGUGUGAUCCUAGAGAGGCUGCUGGAGAAUGAGGAGACCCAAAUCAAUGGCUUCUGCAUCAUUGAGAACUUCAAGGGCUUCACAGUGCAGCAGGCUUCUGGCAUCAAACCUUCCGAACUGAAGAAGAUGGUGGACAUGUUGCAGGAUUCCUUCCCAGCCCGUUUCAAGGCUGUCCACUUCAUCCAUCAGCCUUGGUACUUCACUACAACCUACAAUGUGGUCAAACCUUUCCUGAAGAACAAACUGCUGGAGAGGGUCUUUGUGCAUGGCGAUGAACUGGAAUCUUUCUACCAAGAGAUCGAUGCCGAUAUCCUGCCAGCAGAUUUUGGGGGUAACCUGCCAAAAUAUGAUGGCAAAGACACAGCUGAGAAACUUUUUGGGCCCAAGAUGGAUGGUGAAGACACAGCUCUCUGAGAAAAUGGGGGGGGGGGGAGCAGCAUCCCAAUCUAGAAAAUAGG